AUGGACAUCCACCGGUGCACGCUGAAGAACGGGAUCAAUCUGGUAUCGACGAAGCCUCAUGGGGCGCCGAUGGCUGCCUGCACCAUACUUUAUCAGAGCGGUUCUCGCUUCGAGUGUGACGACCAGCUCGGAGCUACCCAUUUUCUGCGAACAUGUUCCAGCGCUGCUGGCUGUGCUUAUAGUGCCUUCAGUAAAACUAGAGUGCUCCAACAGCUUGGUUCGUACAUAACUGUCAACUCGGACCGCCAAAGUAUCGCUUUCACCCUCCAAUGUCCCCUCCCCGCGUUCCAUGACGUCAAAUACUACCUGCUAGAUAUCGCAUCCAGAACGUGCUUCCGCCAACACGAGAUUGACUUAUACAAGCCCCAACUCAAACGGGACUUGCAAACCGUCCACCCCGAAGUUCUCGUGAUAGAUCUGGUCCAGAAAGCCUGCUGGGGCGGCGGACUGAACAACUCCGUCUUCUGCGAGGAGGAACGUAUUGACAGCAUGUCGUCGAAUGACUUAGACAUGUUUUCGCUGCUAAACAUGCGCUCUGAUACGUGUACGAUGGGCAGUUAUGGCUUACCCCAUGAUGAGAUGAUGACUUAUGGCGAAAUGAUUGAAGGUAAACGGAGCUAUGAAACAGAAGAGUCUGCAGUUGACAACGUACAGAUGCCUUAUGAAGAAAUGGCGCUACUUAAUAGGAAGAUUGAUUUUAAUCUGGAUCGACCAGCGAAGCCGCGAUGGUAUCCACCUUCGUUCGCUCGUGGUGGCUUUGAGUACCACGAUCUGGGUCCGGACUCUGAUACGUGGAUCGCUAUUGCCGUUCCUGGAUGUGGAAAUACGGACCUUCACUGUCUAAUGACGCACAACAUCGUCGCGUCAGCCUGCGGCACUGGCAACAACUCUAGCGGACAACACGCGGAGGACCGUGUGCCGCAGCCGCCGUUAGGGGGCUUCGCUACUGAUGUCUACACGAAGUUCAGGGCUUUCAAUAUAUCUUAUGCGGAUACGGGAGUGUUUGGUAUCCUCAUGAAGACACGGUCUUGUAGCGCAGCCUCGGCUGCCUUAUUUGCUGCGAGCUUCUUGAAGAAGCUAGGAAAACUAGCUCCCGAUCAGAUUUGCGUUGGAAGGCAGAGGCUAAAACUGGACAUAGCUCUUCAAGAGGAAAACUGUGUAAGCAUCUCUGAGGGUAUGGCACUGCAGGCUGCGUGCUGCGGUCGUCUCGACAACGCCUACCAAGCCAUUAGCCUUUUGAACAGUGUCACUGACCAGGAGGUCACUGCUACUGCCAACUGCUUGGCUAGCAAAUUCGUCGAAUAUGCAAGACUGACAGAGAGGCAAAUAACUAAAUUUCGACUUUCAUGUAUUUGGUCGCGAUCUAUCUCCCUGGUAAAGUUACGGCCAAAGUAUGCAAUUUUUCAUCAAUGUUUUCUUAUGACGUUAUCACGCAAAAUUAUCGUCCGUAAACCGACUUUACAGACACCCUAUUUUUUUCCAGGUAACAGGAUGGCCGUGGCUGUCGUCGGUGACGUCCAAGCUGUGCCUCAUGAUCGGGAGCUACUCUGUGCUUGUUGAUAACAAUAAAUUAUGAGAUAUCUGUAUGUCAGAUAAUUUUAGAACUUAUAGAUGGCCAAGCAAAUCUUGUCAGUAGAAAAAGGCGCGAAAUUGAAAUUUUCUAUGAGACGAUAUCCCUUCGCGCCUACAUUUUUACAAAUUUGCCGCCUUUUUCUACUGACAAGAUCUG